GGUUUUUAGCGCUUGCUAAAGCAGCCCUUUCUGCUGAGGAACUGGGAAGGCUAGUUCUGAUGCAUGCUGCUCAAAGAAAAAAGGAUAUAGACAUGCACACUGUGAUCUGAUCUGAAAAUGAGACGUAAAGCUUACAAAUGGAUCAAUCCUGACAGAAAAUUACUGUCCGAUUCUGGAAGGAAAACUUAGGGUCUUUCACAGUCUCUGGGCUCGAAUACCCAUUGGAUUUACUACACGCAAGAAAAAGCAAAAUAUAACAUGAAAAAAAUAUAUAUUGGGAAAACCGCACUUAAAGCCUCUCAAAAUGGUUGUAAACUUCAGAAAAGAAGUUCAUUGCAGGAGCAGAAGGAGGACCUGCGGAAGCAGCUAUCCUAUACCACCCAUAAGCUGGAGAUGCUGGAGACCGAGUUUGACGCCACCAAGCUGUACCUGGAGACUGAACUAAGGAGGGCACAGGAGGAGCUGGAGAAAUUCACUGACAAGCUACGCAGGAUACAGAGCAGCUAUGCAGCACUACAGAGGAUAAACCAAGAAUUAGAGGAGAAGUUUAAAGAAAAGACACAGCAGUAUGAAGAGGAGAAAAGGACACUCAGUCGAGAGAUCAUCGUACUCAAUAAUCAUUUAACGGAAGCCAAAAUCACUAUUAAAAAGCUAAGAGAAGACAAUGACCUGUACAAGAAGGACUGCAACAGUGCAGCUCAACUCCUGCGCUGUGGAAAAUCCCUUUACCGAUCCCAGAUGCAGUCCAAGCUGCCCACUGAGUUUCAAGAGAAGGCAAGUUCUCACAUGGAGAAUCAUGGACAUGGGAGGAGCAAGGGCCUGUUCCACUCACCCUAUUCUGAUGCUGCGUCUGCAGUCAUUGCCAAAUUAGUGGAGAAGCCUGAGCCAGGUAGUAGCUGUCCAGUCACACGCUCGCCUAGUCCACAGCCUCAAGACCCAGACUUUCUUACAAACACUGAAAUGAACAGUAUCGAUACACUCCAACACCAUGUUGUAUACAAAUCUUCUGACCUGUACCGCAGUGACACAGCAUUAUAUUGUCCCAUGGAUGAAAGGCAUCAGGAUCGUUGGCAGGGGCGUCGGAAAAGUGUGGACCUGCAAGGCAGAAACACUGCCUUGGGAAUUCCCCAAAUCCGCAACUCUACAGACAGCAACAUGGAAGACUAUAACUUCCACUCUCAGUACAAUGAGGUGGCACUCCAUGAAGGGUCCACACCAGGCUCUAGCUCUUACUCUAGCUUUAGUGUGGCUUCAGAUGAGAAAGGUCUUGCUCCCAGCAGCACCCUAUCCUCCUCUCACCUGGCUCUAUACAUGGACUGGCGGGAUGGUGAUUACGAGUGUAAGAGCACAUCUUCAUUUGACAAAGACAGCCCCAGAUUUCCCAAGUCGCACAGCUUCCAACACAUGACCUCCAGCCCACAAAAGGGCAACGCUCCAGUCUAUAUGCGGACAUCGUCCUGCUACAGUGAGCCAUACCACUCACCACGGCUCACUUCCUCCCACAGCAUGGGCUCCUCAGGAGUGCCAAAAGACAGCUGCAGCAGCAUCCAUAUUCCUGAGGAGGAGCUAAUAGGCCAUUGGAGGCAUUUGAGUGUGGAGGACAUCAACAGCUUUUCGUAUCUCAAUCCUGGCCGCGUUUCUCCUUACAGCUUCUCUGAGCAGCACUUUGCUAUCGGCCCUUCAAAACUCAAACUAGGACCUCUCUACGGCAGUGUCCGGGAAGGAGACAGCACCUUCCAUACAGGUAUACCAGAUUCCUGCUUCUCUAACUCGCCUGGCUCCAGCUUGGCACCAAGCCCCAAGCACAGUCUGGGCUUGUCUAAGACUGAAAAAGGAGCAAUGUACCAGUCAAAUAACAGCAUCCAAGAGUGUAAGAGCAGCCUCUUCCUUGCGGGAAUCUCAAAAGACAGUGAGAGCACUGUGGGAAAUGUGAAUAAAGAAUAUGUGGAUGUAAGCCCCAAUAGCUCAGCUGAGUCACUGCACCAAACUCCAAUGGAUGCUUCCAAUGUGCGGCACUACCAGCUUCAAAGUCCAGGGCCACGGAUGAAGACUUCUCCACAGCAUCAAAAAUUCAUAAGCACAGGACUCAGUAGAAAGGACAGCCUCACCAAAGCUCAGCUGUAUGGAACAUUGCUUAACUGAGUCAUUUGUCUAGAACUGACUAACCUGACUGCAUUCUGGGGGAAAAAAAAAAAAAUUGGUGUGUUAAAUGGUCAUAUUUCGAACCUGUUGGAAAGACAAAAGGUGCAGGGUUAUUUAGAGCAUUAACAUUUGAAAUACCUCAUUCCAAAGUCAUCAUACUUGUGUGUAUAAUACAAAUAUUUUAGAAUAGAGGCUUUCAGGUCUAUAUAUAUACUUGCAGUAUUUACAGACUCAACAUUUUGCUGCGGUUACUAGCACACCUAUGCCAAGGAAUCAUUCAGUUAUAAAAAAGUCAUGUCUAACUGCAUCGCAGCAGAAACUGUAGAGCAGCAAGAAUGUGUGGGUUAUGUUACCUAACAUAGGUUGAAGGCCUCUGCUUUAAAAGCAUGUCUUGAAAUAUUUGCAUGGAGCAAAUUUCAAAGGUAUUUUCAGUUAAGCACUAGUACAUGUUUUAUGUGACUUUUUUGUGUUCUGUUUCUUAAAAGGAAUGAACAGAAUCCUUAUUAAUCCUAAUGAAAAACUUAGAGACUGUUUACAACUGCAUUCACUGUAUCUCUGUGCCAGAAAAAAAAAAAAAAAACACUUUUCCCCGCAGUUUCCCAGAAACGUUAGAUUCAAGGCAUUUGCUUUGCCUUGGUGUUCAUUACAGUUCAUUAUUAUUUAUUAAUUAUUUGCUUAUUAUUAACAUUUAUAACCUGCUGUAUUUAGCUUGAUCUACUAUGAAGGAGUAGUAGGAGACAGCAUGAGCUUUUAUCUACUUCACUCUCCAACUAAUUAAUAGUUCUUAGUAUUAUAAUUAUCUUCAACCCUCAAAGUAAAGACUUACCUUGUGGAAAGAAAGUCCAACAUUUUGCAGGAACUAAUAAGCCCAGUGGGUAUUAGGAUUGUAAAAUGAAUACUGUAGUCCUUCCAAAAAGCAAUUCUCCAUUUUAUCCCUCCUUUGGCAUAAGCUACACUGUGAACUAAUUUGCCAAUAUAUUAGGUACACCUAUACUGUAGGUAUAAUCACUGGCCAUUUUUACCUCCCAAGGUCAAAAUGACUAUUUUUUUAACCUAAGGUUGCUUAUAUUGUAGCUGCAUUUAUACAUAUAUAUGGGCCAUGUUUCCAUCUGAAGAAAUAUACAUUUUGACGUACUGUAAGAACAAGAACCUCAGAUAAACAUUGUUGAAAUGUUUGAGGCGUUUGUAGACACUUAACCACCAUACCCAUAUGUGAGUCUGCAUGCAAUUGUAUAGAAUGUCUUUGUAUAGCGUAGUAUUAAUCAUUUCCCGUCACUGGAACUAAGAGACAUAAACCUGUUCCAGCAUGACAAUGCUCCUGUGCACAAAGAUUGCUGUCAAAGAACACGAGUGUCCUGCACUGAACCCUGCCCUCAACCACACUAAACAACUUUGGGAUGAAUUGGAACAACAACUGUACACCAGGUCUCUUCUCACUAACAAUCUUGUGGCUGAAUGAACACGAAAUCCUGACAGUCAUGGUCAAAAAUCUAAUGAAACGCCUUCCCAGGAUACUGGAGUUUAGUUGAAGGACUAAAUCUGGAAUUGGACGCACAGAAAGCACAUACGGGUAUGAUGGUCAGGUGGUCACAUACAUGGCUAUUACUCACUUAAACAACUAACAAACUGGUUAAGAUCCAAAUCAGAGCAUUGUGGUUAAUUAUGGCGGUGUGGGUGUGGUCAAGCAUCAGCUGUGGACAGAGGGAGUGAAAGGCCUUACAAGUAGGUGGUACCAGAUGGUGAAGAUUGGCCACUUGACAGCCAGACUCUCCUUCUUAUACUUCUCCAGAGUUCUUGGGACAACACUGCCAUAUUUAUAAAUAUAAGAUGACCAGUGAUGUUUGAUUUCUCAAGAGCCCUGAAGAUGACCACACCCCUGCACCUGUAGCCAUUUGCCAUUUUUAAUAUAUUAUUACUUUUUGCACUGACUGAAUUUGCGAUAGAUGCUAUAAUUGACUAGUUUAUCGACUGCAAAUCAAGCAUUUGUUCAUCUCUAAUACUGUUAUAGUCUGUAGUUGUAUGCCUACAAGGUGCAUCAGCAUGUAACCAUACUGUAUGUGCUUCUAAAGUGAAAAUUUAAAUUUCUUCUUUAUACUGACAGUCCAAGUUGAUAUAGUGGCCAGUGAAUGUAGUUACAAACUUCAUAUACCUAAUAAACUGGCAACUGUGUGUAUGGUACAUCAGCUUAGAUCUUUUUAGUUGGUUUUGACAUCACCUCUGUUCUUAGAAAACUGUUUACGUUCAACACAAUUUUCCCCACCUGCUAAAUUUUCCCAGUCCUCUUCUACCUCAGAUGUCAGUUGUUUGCUUGAUGCAUGGUUCUAAACUUUUCUGAUGUGUUUGUUUAGGAAAUAAACACAGAUUAGGAACUCGGUUUUGUUUAAUGCUUGGUCUUUACCU